GUUGUUUCAAGGUUUGAAUAAGGGUUUAUUGGAGGUUAAAGGCCAUGAAAAUCUGCACCAUUUUCAUCACCAAAAAGUGUUCUUCAAGGGAAACGAUAUGUCACAAAGAAGCGGAACAUCAAGAUCUCCCGGACACGCAGGAUACAUUUAUGCGUUUGUAGACAUGGUCCGUGAAAGGCAAGAGAGACAAGAGAGCGAGGAAACGGAGCCCACAAUGGACUCCCAACAGCCCUCACGACAAGAGGAGGAGUCCGAACCAAUGGAGGACCCGUCAAACGGUGAUGCUAGGAGCGUUGCCUCUAGCCAACCCGUACGCCGCUCGCCCUCACCAAGACAAAAUGUGGCGAUGAAUGUAGGUGAUGGGCGAUUUCCAGCCCAUGACCCACACUUCCACCCGCGCCUCCCUCACCAUCAUCCUUUUCACUUCGGCCCAAGACAUGGAGAAGACCUCCCACGUCCCGUUUUUGGGGUACCACCUCCAGCUCCUAUGGGAAUGACACGGGAGGAGAGAGAUCGAGUGUGGGGCAUUGCCAAUGGCUUACGUGAUGCAAGGGUUCGGGUGAGAACACAAGAGGUGAUGAUGGAAAGGGCGUUGGGAAUAAUGCGCCAAACGGGAGAUGAAGCGGGGAUGGCUAUAGAUGGAAUACGCCGAAUCAACGAAGUGAUUUUCAUGAUGGGAUGCGUUCUUGCAGCCCUUUGCUCCAUUGUUGUGGCUCUUGUGCUUAGGAAAUGACCCUAAGGAUGUUUUAUUCAUAAACUUAUUCGGUAGACCAAUGUUUGUACUUUGUUAUGGUUUUCUUGAACUUGUUUGUGGUUGUGUGACUAUGAUCACAUGUUUGUUGGCAUAUGGCAAUUUUGUAAACUGAUAUUGGAUUAUUGGAAUGAAAGCUUGAUGCCUUUUCACUAUUA